UUAACACACCCAUUAGAUUCCUCGGUUAAACUCUUAAUACAGAAUUUGAAUAAUCACAACAUACCCUUACAGUGGUUUCAUAUCACAUGGAGAUGUAUAUUUGAAUACAAGUUGAGAAGACGAGGGAGCAUUGAAGGAGACAUAUCCGCGAAGUGGAACGGGAUCCCGCGAGAUUUCGAUGAGUUUACUUGAGUAAAUGCCACGUCUUACCAGCGUACAGUGAAAUAUUAGCGGUUAACCGAACUAAUCACACACAGGGCGGGGAUUUAUCCAGCGACAGGACAGGUAGAGACACCUCAGACUCUCCGGUGAUAUUAUGGGCUGCUUACGUCUGCUGCUUCUGUCCGUGGUCACUUCUGCACUACUCCUGUUGGCCUCCCAGCCAACCGAAUCUCACAGCCAUUCCCAUGGCGACCAUCACCACGGCCACCAUCACCACGGCCACUCCCACGACGAGGACGAAGACGUGAGGAUGUUCCACGGAGCGAGCAAGUGGAGCGCCGAGGCCAACCUGCCUUCAGAGGAGGAGGAGCAUCACGGACACGCCCACGCUCAUGACCAUGGACACGCUCAUGACCAUGGACACGUUCAUGAUCACGGACACGCUCAUGAUCACGGACACGCCCACUCCCAUGAUCACGGACACGCCCACGCUCAUGACCACGGACACGCCCAUGACCACGGACACGCCCAUGACCACGGACACGCUCAUGACCAUGGACACGCUCAUGAUCACGGACACGCCCACUCCCAUGACCACGGACACGCCCAUGACCACGGACACGCCCAUGACCACGGACACGCCCAUGACCACGGACACGCUCAUCAUGAAGAAGUUGUUCGGGUGCUCAAAGAGGGGAGAGCGCACGCCCACUCACACGGGGGAGAGAGCGUGAAGCGGGACGUGGUGGAGCUGUGGACGCAGGUGAGCUCGUGUUACGACAGCGUACGCCGCUUUAGUCUCUCAUUUGAGGUGUUCCUCAGAACUUUAUUUUGAAAGGGUGUUUCCUCCCAAAUAUUUAAAGCUGCUCUGAUAAAUGUGGACAUGAAGAGCCUGUUGAUAAAUAAAUUACAGGAAUAGUUUUGAUGUUUUUGGUAAUUAACUUGUGACCUUCUUGGUGAGCGAUAACUACGACGGAGGAUUAGGGCUAGAGGUGGGCGAUAUGGAACAAAUAUCAGAUCACGAUUA